AUGGCCACCGCCCGAAGCAAUGGCCAUUUCUACCAAGAAACGCGUCAAAGAAGGAAGUUGUGUCGUCAACGGCAACAAGACCGUGAUAACAAGUGGACGCCAAAAGCUAAGAUGUUUGAAAAGGCGUGGAGGGACAAGAAACCGCGGAAAGCCCAUGCUCUAAUAAAGCAGUAUAGAGGUAGUAUGAAAAGAUGUGCUCCAAUCCUCAACAAUGCCAAUGGAGUGGCUCUCGGUGAAGCAAUUCUUCCAAUUUGGAGGAAUCACUGCAAAGCCUUGCUGAACCGACAAAAGCCGUCAGCUCUUAAAAUCAAGCUCGUUCAUAGACCGACAUAUGCGAUCACCGACCGUAUCGGAGGUUCUCGUCUGUAUCCAAAAGACGAAAAAUGGAAGACCUGA